AAUAUUUCUGAGAGUUGGUAACACUGUUUACACUGUAUGCGGCUGCGUAUUACAGCGUUUUAGUAAGAUAUUACCGUGGUUUGUUAUUAUUUUAACAGUGUGUUUGUCAGUAUUUUUAUAUCUUGCUAAAUAAUAAAUUUUUUAAGAUGCCGAAAACUAAUGCCGAAAUGUGUCGUCAAUAUCGACGCAAAAAAAAUGAAAAUAAAAUUAAAAAAAAAACAGGAAAAAGUUCAACAGAACGUAGUCGCGAGUUUCGUGCGCGUAAAAAACAAUUAUUCAACAAUCAAAAUAGAUGUUCAAAUAUAAGUGUUAAUGUGACUGAUGUAAUAAAUGGUAAGUGUAAAUGUUUUUGAAGUGAAACUUCUGUAGAAUCGUUGUGAUUUCAAACCUGAUGCAACGGAAAAAAACUACAGAUGCUGAAAACACAAGCAGCUUUAUACCUGCACUGUCCGUAUCUACUGGAAAUAUCAAAACAAUAUCUGUAAAUGAAAACAAUGGUCCUAACAACGAUCGAAAUAAAAAAUUGUUUAGUGCAAAUAAUGAAAAACAGAAUUUAAAAGAAGAAAUGAUUGCACAGACUGCACAAAAUCGAACAGACAUUCAUAAACCCAGUACAGAAGUACCAAGUAGGUCAGCUGAAAAUAAGGAUGCAGAAUCUAUGUCCUGCCAUCAUUGUUCAUUUGAAAGUGAACUUGAUAUAAUAAAUUAUUUUUUUGGUAACAUUUUGAUUGGUGAACUACAGUGUGUACCAGUUUGCAUGCGUUCCGAAGUGUUCAUUAAUAUUUUGAAAUAUGUAGAAUCUUUAAAAAAUAGACAUAGACAAGAAUCUGAGGAAAAUAGAUAAAUAAUAAUUAAUGAAUCAAUGUUGAUUAUCUAAGAUUGAUUUGAGUUAACUGGAUUGUUACAGUGAUCGUAUAGUUUAAUGUUUAUAAUUAACCAAUAAAUAAAUAAAGAUAAAAAACGGAAUAAAAACACUGAAAAAAAAAGUUAAAUCAAGCUAUUCCCGGAAGAUUAGAAGCAAUAGAUAUGCAGUAUUUUUUCCAAAUGUAUGCCUAAUAUAAAUGUUUGGAUAUUU